UUUAAACCAUGGCAUUAUAUUUUCUAUAUCCCGCCGUAGCUGCCUUAGCUCUCUUCGUUAUAGGCGUCAUCAUUGUCAUGCUGCGCUAUGGUCCGCGUCUAUGUGGGCUACGUCAUCAUGCUCUACCCGACAAUCAUGACUUGCGGGAAAAGACCUACGAGCAUGAGAUUAGUUAUGCCUGAUCCGCCAUUUCCAUAAUUUUCUCUUAAACACAACCACUUUUACUAACCAUAUUUAUAAGUUUCUAUAUAUUGACCAUAACUAACUUUUCACAAAAAUAUUUAAUUGUGUCUGCUGGAAUUGCACAAUUUCUUUUACAUACAUGCAGUACAAAAUGCCCUCAACAUUUAGUUAACAUUUGUCAGCCAGCUUUUAUCAUUCCAUUUUGAAAAACAUACAAAUAAUGUGCCUUCAAUAUCUCAAUGAGAAACGUUUGCCGUCCAAGUGUCUUUUAGAAUUUUAAGAGUGCUCAGCUAAAAAUAUAUAAACAUACCCUUUUGAUAUGAACAGAAAAAGUUUAUAACCU